GAGAGGAGGAGGAACGGCCGGGCUGGCUGCGGAAGGGGAGGGGGGGGAGGAGGCGAUUGGAUGCAGCGGCGGCGGCGGAUCCCGGAGAGCAGCGGAGUGAGAGGAGUAGCGAGUCGGACACCCGGAGAAGAUACUAAAAGAUACAGAAGAAUUCAAUUCCAUGACCCAGUGAGUUCAUUUGAUGACCGAACCCUCAUCUCCAUCCUCAACCCAUCUUAGAUCUCUUCCAGGGGUAAAAAUAUUUCCAUCAUGGCUCACUCAAAGACAAGAACCAAUGAUGGAAAAAUUACUUAUCCUCCUGGUGUCAAAGAAAUCUCAGACAAAAUAUCUAAAGAGGAGAUGGUGAGACGGUUAAAGAUGGUUGUGAAAACUUUCAUGGAUAUGGACCAGGACUCUGAAGAAGAAAAGGAGCUUUAUUUAAACCUAGCUUUACAUCUUGCUUCAGAUUUUUUCCUCAAGCAUCCUGACAAAGAUGUUCGCUUACUGGUAGCCUGCUGCCUUGCUGAUAUUUUCAGGAUUUAUGCUCCUGAAGCUCCUUACACAUCCCCUGAUAAACUAAAGGAUAUAUUUAUGUUUAUAACAAGGCAGUUGAAGGGGCUAGAGGAUACAAAAAGCCCACAAUUCAAUAGGUAUUUUUACUUACUUGAGAACAUUGCUUGGGUCAAGUCAUAUAACAUAUGCUUUGAGUUGGAAGAUAGCAAUGAAAUUUUUACCCAAUUAUACAGAACAUUAUUUUCAGUUAUAAACAAUGGUCACAAUCAGAAAGUUCACAUGCACAUGGUAGACCUCAUGAGUUCUAUUAUUUGUGAAGGCGAUACAGUAUCUCAGGAGCUUUUGGAUACAGUUUUGGUAAAUCUGGUACCUGCCCAUAAGAAUUUAAACAAGCAAGCAUAUGAUUUGGCAAAGGCUUUACUGAAGAGGACAGCUCAAGCUAUUGAACCAUAUAUUACCAAUUUUUUUAAUCAGGUUCUGAUGCUUGGGAAAACAUCUAUCAGCGAUUUGUCAGAGCAUGUCUUUGACUUAAUUUUGGAGCUCUAUAAUAUUGAUAGUCAUUUGCUGCUCUCAGUUUUACCCCAACUUGAAUUUAAACUAAAGAGCAACGAUAAUGAGGAACGCCUACAAGUUGUUAAACUACUGGCAAAAAUGUUCGGUGCGAAGGAUUCAGAAUUAGCUUCUCAAAACAAACCACUAUGGCAGUGUUACUUGGGCAGGUUUAAUGACAUCCAUGUACCAAUCCGCCUGGAAUGUGUGAAGUUUGCUAGUCAUUGUCUCAUGAACCAUCCUGAUUUAGCAAAGGACUUAACAGAGUAUCUUAAAGUGAGGUCACAUGACCCUGAAGAAGCUAUUAGACAUGAUGUUAUUGUGUCUAUAGUUACAGCUGCUAAAAAGGAUAUUCUUCUGGUCAACGAUCACUUACUUAAUUUUGUGAGAGAGAGAACUUUAGACAAACGGUGGAGAGUGCGCAAAGAAGCCAUGAUGGGACUUGCCCAAAUUUAUAAGAAGUAUGCUUUACAAUCAGCGGCUGGAAAAGAUGCUGCAAAACAGAUUUCAUGGAUCAAAGACAAAUUGCUACACAUAUAUUAUCAAAAUAGUAUUGAUGAUCGAUUGCUUGUUGAACGCAUCUUUGCCCAAUACAUGGUUCCCCACAAUUUGGAAACUACAGAACGGAUGAAGUGCUUAUAUUACUUGUAUGCCACACUGGAUUUAAAUGCUGUGAAAGCACUGAAUGAAAUGUGGAAAUGUCAAAAUCUGCUCCGGCAUCAAGUGAAGGAUUUGCUUGACUUAAUUAAGCAACCCAAAACAGACGCCAGUGUCAAGGCCAUAUUUUCAAAAGUGAUGGUUAUUACAAGAAAUUUGCCAGAUCCUGGUAAGGCUCAGGAUUUCAUGAAGAAGUUCACACAGGUGUUGGAAGAUGAUGAGAAAAUAAGAAAACAGUUAGAAGUACUUGUUAGUCCAACAUGCUCCUGCAAGCAGGCUGAAGGCUGUGUGCGUGAAAUAACUAAGAAGUUGGGCAACCCCAAACAGCCUACAAAUCCUUUCCUGGAGAUGAUCAAGUUUCUCUUGGAGAGGAUAGCACCUGUGCACAUAGAUACUGAAUCUAUCAGUGCUCUUAUUAAGCAAGUGAAUAAAUCAAUAGAUGGAACAGCAGAUGAUGAAGAUGAGGGUGUUCCAACUGAUCAAGCCAUCAGGGCAGGUCUUGAACUGCUUAAGGUACUCUCAUUUACACAUCCCAUCUCGUUUCAUUCUGCUGAAACAUUUGAAUCUCUCCUGGCUUGUCUGAAAAUGGAUGAUGAAAAAGUAGCAGAAGCUGCACUCCAAAUUUUUAAAAACACAGGAAGCAAAAUUGAAGAGGAUUUCCCACAUAUCAGAUCAGCUUUGCUUCCUGUUUUACAUCACAAAUCUAAAAAAGGACCCCCCCGCCAAGCCAAAUAUGCCAUUCAUUGUAUCCAUGCGAUAUUUUCUAGUAAAGAGACCCAGUUUGCACAGAUAUUUGAGCCUCUGCAUAAGAGCCUAGAUCCAAGCAACCUGGAACAUCUCAUAACACCGUUGGUUACUAUUGGGCAUAUUGCUCUCCUUGCACCUGAUCAAUUUGCUGCUCCUUUGAAGUCCUUGGUAGCUACUUUCAUUGUGAAAGAUCUUCUCAUGAAUGAUCGGCUCCCAGGAAAAAAGACAACUAAGCUUUGGGUUCCAGAUGAAGAAGUUUCUCCUGAGACAAUGGUCAAAAUUCAGGCUAUUAAAAUGAUGGUUCGAUGGCUCCUUGGAAUGAAAAAUAAUCACAGUAAAUCAGGAACAUCUACCUUAAGAUUGUUAACUACAAUAUUGCAUAGUGAUGGAGACUUGACAGAACAGGGAAAAAUUAGUAAACCAGAUAUGUCACGUCUGAGACUUGCUGCUGGGAGUGCUAUUGUGAAGCUGGCACAAGAACCUUGUUAUCAUGAAAUCAUCACAUUAGAACAGUAUCAGCUCUGCGCAUUAGCUAUCAAUGAUGAAUGCUAUCAAGUAAGACAAGUGUUUGCUCAGAAACUUCACAAAGGCCUUUCCCGAUUACGGCUUCCACUUGAGUAUAUGGCAAUCUGUGCACUUUGUGCAAAAGAUCCUGUAAAAGAGAGAAGAGCUCAUGCUAGGCAGUGUCUGGUAAAAAAUAUAAAUGUGAGACGCGAGUAUCUGAAGCAGCAUGCAGCUGUUAGUGAAAAAUUAUUGUCUCUUCUACCAGAAUAUGUUGUUCCUUAUACAAUUCACCUUUUGGCACAUGACCCAGAUUAUGUCAAAGUACAGGAUAUUGAACAACUUAAAGAUGUUAAAGAAUGUCUUUGGUUCGUUCUAGAAAUAUUAAUGGCUAAAAAUGAAAAUAACAGUCAUGCAUUUAUCAGAAAGAUGGUAGAAAAUAUUAAACAAACAAAAGAUGCCCAAGGACCAGAUGAUGCAAAAAUGAAUGAAAAACUGUAUACUGUGUGUGAUGUUGCCAUGAAUAUCAUCAUGUCAAAGAGCACCACAUACAGUUUGGAAUCUCCUAAAGACCCAGUACUACCAGCUCGUUUUUUCACCCAACCUGACAAGAAUUUCAGUAACACCAAAAAUUAUCUGCCUCCAGAAAUGAAAUCGUUUUUCACUCCUGGAAAACCUAAAACAACCAAUGUACUAGGAGCUGUUAAUAAGCCACUUUCAUCAGCUGGCAAGCAAUCUCAGACAAAGUCAUCACGAAUGGAAACUGUAAGCAAUGCAAGCAGCAGCUCAAAUCCAAGCUCUCCUGGAAGAAUAAAAGGGAGGCUUGAUAGCUCUGAAAUGGAUCACAGUGAAAAUGAAGAUUACACAAUGUCUUCACCUUUGCCAGGAAAAAAAAGUGACAAGAGAGACGACUCUGAUCUUGUAAGGUCUGAAUUGGACAAACCUAGAAGCCGGAAAAAAACACCUGUCACAGAUUCAGAAGAAAAAUUAGGUAUGGAUGACCUCACUAAGUUGGUACAGGAACAGAAACCUAAAGGUAGUCAGCGUGGACGGAAGAGAGGCCAUACGGCUUCAGAAUCAGAUGAACAGCAGUGGCCUGAAGAAAAGAGGCUCAAAGAAGAUAUAUUAGAAAAUGAGGAUGAACAGAAUAGUCCACCAAAGAAAGGUAAAAGAGGCCGACCACCUAAACCUCUUGGUGGAGGUACACCAAAAGAAGAGCCAACAAUGAAAACUUCUAAAAAAGGAACCAAAAAAAAAUCUGGACCUUCAGCACCAGAAGAAGAGGAAGAAGAAGAAAGACAAAGUGGAAAUACAGAACAGAAGUCAAAGAGCAAACAACACCGAACAUCAAGGAGAGCACAACAGAGCAGAGCAGAAUCUCCUGAAACUAGUGCAGUUGAAUCCACACAAUCCACACCACAGAAAGGACGAGGAAGACCAUCAAAAACGCCAUCACCAUCACAACCAAAAAAAAAUGUCCGUGUAGGACGCUCCAAACAAGCAGCUACUAAAGAAAAUGAUUCAAGUGAAGAAGUUGAUGUGUUUCAGGGUAGCUCUCCUGUCAAUGAUGAUAUUCCACAGGAAGAAACAGAGGAAGAGGAAGUUUCUACAGUAAAUGUACGGCGGCGAAGUUCUAAAAGAGAAAGGCGAUGAACAAAUGUAAUUAAUAACUUUCUAUGUGAAAGCUUUGAGAAGAAACAUUUUUUUUUGUCAAGCUUGAGGCUAAGUAAAGCCUUUGAUGCACAAAGCGGGACUGCCAGAGAGUGGACAGUUGGAACUUCCUUUGAUGACCUCAUGUGUUUUGCGGUCACAGCGCUUUAGCCAUACGCGUGGUGAUAACAUUGACUAUGGAGUCUUGUGGAAGUGUGAUGUCCGAUGGCUAUGUAGACAUAAACUAAAGAAGAAACUUGUAAAUAUAUUUUUUCUCUUUUUUUCUUUCUUUUUUUCUCUUUCUUUUCUUUCUCUUUCUUUCUUUCUUUCUUUCUUUUUCUUCUUUCUUUUUCUUUCUUUCUUUAAUGUUUCUGACUUCUAAAGUGCUUGUAUAGCUUUUAUCUGCGGCUUUAAACUGACAGUACCCAACUGUUUAUUGGAUCUAUUGAUUUGGAAAGAGUUUGUUAGGAUAGAUCUUAAGCAGUAAUCUGUCAGUGUUAGUAUUUGUAUUCUCUGCAAUUUUACUGUGAAAAAUUUUUUUCAACAAAUGGUGUCAUUUUCUUGAUGUCAUUGUUUGUUGGAGAGUUAAAUGGUCUCUUUCCCUUGUGUAUCUUACCUAGUGUUUACUCCUAGGCACCCUUAAUCUUCAGAGGUGCUAUAUUGUCUGCCAUUACACCUGAAUGGUGCCUCCGAUGGGAGGACACCACGCAAAUUGUGAAAUAAUCCUGAAGUUUGAUUAUUUUACACCUCAGUAUUGGUCUCAGAAUUUUCUGGCCUUUCAUGGCAAUGAAAAUUUUAAGAAAAGAGAGAUUUAAAAUAUUUUAAUUUUAAAGAGUGUGUUAUAAAAUAAUGUACUGAAUUCUUUAUCCCAUUUUAUCAUCAUCCCUUUUCAGUUUUUAUUAAUCUACUGUAUCAAUAAAAUUCUGUAAUUUGAAUUAGUUUUUAAUAGUCUAGAAUGUUAUUGUGUAUAGAUAUUUCCUCUUGAACAUUAUGUUCAGAAGAUGCAAAUUAUUACACUAUAAUAUAAAAUCUGAUAUAUACACAUAGAAAAGUUCCAGUUCUCCAUAACAGUGUAAAGUUAAUCAGAAAGAAAAAAUUUUAUUGAUGCAGUGUGUCUUUAUAAAGCUGUUCUUGAAAGCAAGUGUUUUGUAUUUUAUAGUGAGUUGCAUGUUUAUGAAAAAGUGCUGAAAAUGGGAUGUGCUCUUUUCUGUAAAUUCAUAUUUAGCCAUAGUAUAUGAUAGAUUGCCCCAUAACAUAGUUUUUCAUCAAGAGUUUAUUAUUGUACUUUAUUUUGGAGCCAAAAACUUGUUCUUGGGGGGGGGGAAGGACAGGGUGGGAGUGAUAUAUCCAACUAUCUGAGCUACUGUAGGUAUCACAAUCUUAUAAAUUUUGAAUGAAAUUCCACUUCAUCUAGAUUAGGAGAAGUGGAAAUUUAUUUGGAUUUAGAGCAGUUCUUUUUUUUUUUUUCAUCGUAAUCUGCAAAAUAUAGAAACAAAUUACUUAAGUCAGUAUCCUUUAUACAGUUUUGUAAACUGUAUUUUGAACCAAAACAUAAAAGUUACUACUUAAUGCUUGCCUAAAUUCACUGUAGUAUUUCAGGUGCUGUUCUUUUGUUUUUUCCACAGUUAACAUCGGAAAAGAAAAUCAUAUCCUAACUUAUUAAAUUUAUCACAUUGAAUAAUGGAGCAUUUUCAUAUAAUACACCAUUAUGUUUAAGGUAUAUUUCCAAGAUUGGUUAUAAUAGAUGGGGGAUAUAAUAAAGAAACUAUUUUGGAAAAUGACAUUUUACUAUUUUCCAAUGUAUAUCACAAUUGAUGUGAUUAUUUUUCUUUUAAAGAUUUCUUCAUGUUUAUGAAACGGCCUUUAAUUUAAAAAAAAUGUUUUGAAUUAUGUCUUAAUCUCUCAAUAUUUAACUGUUCUUCAUUCUUCAUCAAGUAAGAUACUGACACCAGUGAUUAUGGGAGGCUGCUGUAUACAGGGCAGCUAAUGUUGGACCAAGAUGCAUUGGUUUUUAACCGUUUAAUGAGCUCAGUUCUCCCAAACACGCUAUUUGUAUCUCAGCAGUACAAAGGCAUGUUUUUAAAUCUAUAAAAUAAAGAAUAAGGGAUAGCUUUGUAUUUUUGUCAUUGACUAAAUUGCACCGGAAAUGUUUAUGGAAGUAUAUCUUUAAGACCAUUUUAUAAAACAUAAUGAAAACAUGAUUGUGGAGGAUUUUUAUUUGCAUGAUCAUAGUUAACCAAAUUUCAUUGCACAUUAAUUCUGUACAUCAGUUCACAAAAAAUGUGCGUUGUAGAUUUUGUUUAAUGCCAAUAAGUCUGUGAUUUUACAACUUGUCUGUUCACUUUUUGGGAGGAUUAUGAUGUAAAUUUUCCAUUUUUCUGUAGAAAAAUAGGUGCAAUAAUGAUCAAAGUUUUGAUGUCCUGAGUCUUCAUCUUAGGGGAUUAUUUUAUUAUGUUUAAACUUAACAUUUCAUAUGCUAACAUUUGGAGAGCCACAUACUAUAACUAAAGUAAAAUUAAGUAUGUUAUACAACAGUAAUUGCUAACAGUGGUUAGCAAAGUCUUCAGUGAUAAUGUUCAUUUUGAAAAAUAUGUACUGUAUAAAAUUAAGGAAAUAUUCAACUCACUGUAACAAGUUCCAUUAUGAAAAUCUUAUGAGUCUUCAGUGAGGUUAUCUUGCUGCACUCUGUAGCAAGUUCAUUUAAUCUACAUUAUAAUAAGAUUUCUUGCUGCAGUGCAACAGGAAGCUUUUUUUCAGUGAUCUCCACUGUAUAUGUAAAUUACAAAUGUGGCUGUAGAACUUGUUCCAGGUAUUAAAGGUUACAUUACUUUCUGUAUCUUCUUACAACUUGUAAGUUUGAUUUUUCAGAUUUCCUUUUGCCCACUUGAAGAUUGUCAGGAAUUUAAGAAUUUGUUUAACUUAGGUGUAUCUCCCCUACCACAUAGUAUUAUGUCACCAUAAUGAACAAUUGGUAUUUAGAUAGAUAACCAAUUUCAGACACAUUUUUGGAUUUUCUGUGAAGCUGAAUAAACAUGAAAGCUAAUAUGUAAUUGUAUUAUUUUAUUUAUGUGUAUUAAUAUAUAUAUUUAAAUAUGUUUACUAAAUGAAGAAAGGCACAUUUUGAUGAUUUUUGAUUUUGGAGCCUUUGUUGCAUGAAAAGGAAAUGUAUUUCCUAGUAACAUUUUUUCAAGCUUUUUGUUUAAACUUCUUAUGUAAAAUUUUGACUAACAGAGAUUGCUAAGUACUAUUUAAGUUAAAGGAUUGCAUAACUGGAGAAAAUAAAUGUAUCCUAUAAACUUUAAAAGUAAGCACUGAAUAUAAGUUGCUAGUGGCACUUUUAUUCAUUUGUUCAGCAAAUAUUUAUUGAGUGCUUACUAUGUGUUAGGCUAGUUACAGAGAAUAAAGUGUGAUCUAGAUAGAGUAAGUCCCUGCCCUUGCAGAGCUUACGUUCUCCACAAGCGGGUGGGGAUAUAAGGAAACAAUAAUUAAAUAUAUAAUAUAAAUGUCAGAUUGUGAGAAGUGUGGUGAAAAGAAAAGGAAAAGCAAGAUAGACAGUAGAAAUGAUUAGAGGAGAAACUAUUUUGUAUACUUUGGAGCUAUGUUACUUAGCACAUAAACUAUCGGGUUAUUAUGCCUUUACGAUGAAGUUACACUUUUAUAAUUAUAAAAUGUCACUUGAUAUCUGUACAAAUACUUUAUGCCUACUUUGUCUGAUAUUAAUAUAGCCGUACCAGUUUUGUUUUGUUUGCAUGACAAACCUUUUUCUGUCCUUUUAUUUUCAACCUAUUUAUAUAUAUCCUUAUGUUUAAAAUGUACAUUAUGUUAACAUUUUAUACUUCCAUCUUGUUCUUUUAUCUAGUCUUAGAAUCUUUGUUCUUUAGUGUUUAGACUGUUUACUUUUGGUAUAAUUACUGAUGUAGUAGGUUUUAAACCUUGCUAUCUUUUUUGCCAGUCUUUUCUUUAUUCCUUUAUUUGCUCCUUUUCCUAACUUAUUUUGACUCAGUCAGGUACUCAGACCUUUGAGCAGUGUGGGGAUUAAGGGUGCCAACCCCACACAGUUGAAAAUCCACAUAGAACUUUUGAGUUCCCAAAAACUAACUACUGAUAGCCUACUGUUGACUGAGAGCCUUACCAAAAACAUAGUUGAUUAACCCAUAUUUUGUAUGUUGUACGUAUUAGAUACUGUAUUCUUAAAAAGUAAACUAGAGAAAAGAAAUUAUUAAGAAAAUCAUAGAGAAGAGUAAAUACUUUUACACCACUCUACUAUAUCAAAAAAGAAUCCAGCUCAAACUCCUGCUGUUCAAGGGUCAUCUGUACUUACUAUUAUUCUAUCUCUGCUAUUUGCUUUUUAGUUAUGCUUGGUUGUAUUAUUUUUCUGUGGUUACCUUACAGAUUAUAGUAUCUGUGUUUGGCUUAUUAUAGUCUGUGUUAUAUUAAUGCUUUUACUACCUUCUGAACAGUUCAAGAACUUUAAAACGGUUCAACUCCAUUUGUUGCCUCCCCACUCUUUGUGCUAUAGUUUUCAUAUAUUUUGUGGUUAUAAAUCCCACAAUAUCAUUACUUUAAAUAGUGUUCUUUCUUAUUUACAUAUACAUUUUCUCUUCUCUUUGCUAUUUUUUUCUUUUCUUUUGAUAGUUUUGUGCUGUCAUCUUAAUUCCUUUUCUGUCAGCCCGAGGAACUUCUUUUAGUAUUGCUUAUAGUGCCAGUCAACUCAGCAUUUGUUUGAAAGGUCUUUAUCACACCUUCAUUUUUAAAGAGUAUUUUCUUUGGAUACAGAAUUCUGGAUUGGCAGUUUUAUUUAUUUGGCAGUUUGAAACUUUGCAUUCUAUUUUCUUCUAGUUUUCAUAUUUUCUGUUGCAAAACAGCUGAAAAACUUUGCUCCUUGUAGGUCCUGUGUCUUUUUCCUGGCUUUUAGGAUUUCCUCUUUAUCUUUGUUUUCAGCAGUUUGCUGUGUUGGGCCUGCUUAUGGUUUUCAUUUUAUCUUGCUUGGGGUUAACUGAGCUCUGGAAUCUGCAAGUUGAUAUAUUCUAUCAGUUUUAAAAAAAAUUCUUGGUCAUUAUCCCUUCACAUAUUACUUGUACUCUAUUAUCGCUUCUUUCUUUCUGACAUUCCAGUUAUAAAUAUGUUGUACUGUUUGUGUCCCAUGUGCUCUUUAUUUUCUUCCCUUUCUUUCUACUCUUGUUUUCUCUCUGUGCUUCAGUUUGGAUAUUUCCAGUUGAUGCAUCUUCAGAUUUGCCAAUCUUGUGUUCUACCUUGUGCAGUCUUCCAUUUAGCCCAUCCAAUUAGUUAAUUUCGAAUAGUGAAUUUUUUAGUUUUAGAGUGUCCAGUUAAUUAUAUUUUAUAGAUUUCAUUUCUCUAUUGAAAGUCUCUUUACUCGUUUCCUUUUUUUUUUCUUCUUAACAGUGCUGGCAGAGAUUUGAAUUCUAUAACUAACUCCAACAUCUGAAUCAUCUGUGGGUCAUAAUCUAUUACCUGAUUUUUCUUUCUUGAUUAUUAGUCACAUUUUUCCUGAUCAUAUUUCUUUCUCCCUGUAUCUAGGGCUUGCAAUUUUUUUCUUUUAUGCAGGACAGUGUGUAUAAAAGAACUGAAGGGUUGAAGUUGAUGUGAUUUCUCCUCCCCCCAGAAGAUUUAUCUCCUUUUCUGUUACUCAUUGUAGGGAUUGAUUACCUCAAUCCAUGGAGUUGGUCUUGGGGUACAGCUUUAGGUUGACUCAGUCCACUUGUUUCAAAAGUCUUGAGGGUAAGACUUGUAUUAUGUACAACAGGCCUUUUCCUUUAGCAUACCAAGACUAUAGAAGAUUUCAUUCUACCUUUCCAGGCCAACCUCUCAGCAGGAAGGCUAUUUUAUAUAGGAUAGUCAAAGAAGAUUCUUUGAAAGGGUAACAUCUGAGCAUGGACUUCUAUUAUAUGAGGGAUCAAGCACUAUGAACACCUGGGGAAAAAGUAUUACAGGCUGAAGGAAGAGUAAGUGCAAAAGUCCUUAGGGAAGAAUGAA